AUGACAAAAACCAGUAUAACAAAGGAAAGUAUUUUGGAAAGAAGAGGAAGAGAUGAACAGUUGUCACCCAUUUGUAAAUGCCAGCAAAAUGUAGGAAGCCAUGAAAAUAAAGCAGGUGAGGCUCUGGCUCACUUCACUGAGCCACUGGAUGUAAAGGGUAUUGAAGAAGAUGGAAAAGAUCAUGCAAACAAGAAUCGGAGUAGCUUGGAUGCAUCUGAAGAUAGAGACCUUGAUAAUGUAUCGGACAGUGAAAAAGAAGGAAAGAAAGAAAAGAACUACCCUCCUCAAAUGUUCUCUCCUCAGCAAGAUGAAAUCCUAACUACAGUAACUUUUGGUGAAUCAGAGGGCUCAUCCACAGGAAAAAUUACACUAUGGGGCAAGCCAGACUCCGCAGAGUUGGUUAGUUCGACUGCUAGGAAAAUUACUGCAGAAGUAAAAUGUGGUUCUUUCAGUGUGAAAGUAGAAAUUAAGAAUGUUUCUUUGUUUGAUUCUGAAACAAAUCUUGUAGCUGAAAGCCAGAAAAGUUCAAAGAACAAUAAACAUUGUCAUGAAAGACAAUACCAGAAAAGCCAGUGUUCAAAAUGUUCAAAGUACCAGUGUCCUUCAACUGACUGUUCAGCAGAACACAGUGAGCAAUAUAAGGGAUCCUCUAAACAUAAAAUUCAAACUGACAUCAACAAAAAUGCCUCCCUGAAAUUGAACAUUGACACAAAGGAGAUUGAAGUGGAAUUUACCAGCAGAAAGAAAAAUCUAAAGGUUAGCAUCAAACCUGGUGAACAGGCACAGAGCAAAACCUGCAACAGGGAACAUGAAGAUACGUAUUGGAGUGAAACAGAUUAUUCUGUAACAGAGGCACCUUGCAAUACAGAUUGUGAGUCAUCUUUUAGCUUUCAUGAAAAAGUAGACUAUACAUUCCUAGAUGGAUGUACACUUCUCCCUCCACCUAAAGAAUUUGCUGACUGUGACAAAAUGCAUUUGGAUACAGUUGCAGAGAGAGCAUCUUUGUACCCUGUUAGUGACAGAAAGGAAUCUGACAGCCUCUCUCCAGCCUUGAAAAAUUUCGAAGAAGAAAGCUAUUUCUGUAAACCUAGUAACACCUGCAAUAACCCAAACUUUGGGAAGGAGCAUAUCAGUAAGAACAAUAUAUUAGCUCAAGAAAGAAAUAACUGUGAGAAAUGUAGAGACACAGGGCAAAAACCAGGAAGAAGAAAGUCUUUCCCAGAUACUACUCUUGAUGUACCAUCACCAGUGCACCCUAGAAGGGAUUCUGGGUUUUAUUCAUUGCCAUCCUUAAAAGUAUUUCCUAAGGAGACCAAAGCAGGAGAUGUUAAUAACAAGAACUCACAUGUUCAUACCAGCUAUACAGAACUUGGUAAGUGUCCUGACUUGACCUCCUCACUGGGAAGCCUGAGAGGUCUUAUGUCUUCGUAUCAUUAUGCUUUCACCUCAUUUGAUCAUAAUAUUACCAUUUAUACAUCUGAACCUGAAGAAAGUCUAGAUGACACUUGUUUACUGAAUGACUCUGCAGGCUAUGUGAGGCAAGGUGAAGACACAUUAAUGGAGAGUCUUCAUUCCAGUGGUAUUGUAAGUAAGAAAAAAGAAAAUGGGCAUGAAGAACCUCUGAGAAACCUAGCCAUAUGGGAGGAAGACUCUGAGUCUAUCGAAGAUGCUUUAGAUGAAGGGACACCAGAGUACAACCAUAUAGAAAAGCACACUGAAUUGCAGAACAAAGCUCAGCUGGUACAGGUCUCUCCAUGUUCUAGAAGCCCUUCAGGUGAACAUAUUAAUGACAAGGAAAGUACUAAUUAUACAUCUACAGAAAGUGCUCAAAACCAUCUUUCAACUUUACACCCACCCACUGCAGAGGCUGAGGUAGCAAAGAAAAGGAGAGGGUCAGUAAUGACUGUGAUAACUGGAGGAAUAGAACGAAGACUCGUCCAAGGUGACACUAAAUUGAUACCUGAUUCUUUUGGCUCUGCAGUGAGAAAAGAGCCUAAAGUUCCCUGUAGUAUAGAUGAAAAGUCCUUGCUGUCAUCCUUGUUACUAGAUCCUGAGGAGCAUGACAUUAAUAAUGAAUCAGAAAGUUUUUCUGAGACAAAAGACAUAUCUGGGAAUAUCCUUCUUGACUCCGACUGCCAUAAUGAUUCAGCAGGGGAUGCCAUUUUAUCUACCUCUUCAGCAUACACAGAAAACAAAGAGAAUUUCACAGAAGAUUCAAAUGCCAAGGAAAGACCAGAGAACUUUUGCUGUAAACUGUCAACUGAUGAUAGCUUAAGAAGAGAGCCUGGAGCACAUCAACUACCUCAGUUAGCCAAAUCCAACUGUAAUGAAAUUGAGAAGAAGACUGAAAUGAAACAAGAUUUUCAUCAGAAUGCAGAUAUCCCCCUAUCAUCAGUAAAACGUAUUAGUCAGAAAGACUUGAAAUCAGAAAUGAAUAAAACCAGAAAGCUACCUUUGAUGAAAGACACCAGAGCCAGUGAUAGUUCCCAGGAAGAAGCAAUAGACCAGUGGGCCAGGAAACGGAAACAGUUCAAGGACAGCAAAAAGUGCAGUUCCACUGGAGGAAGCUCCAUAAACAGCACAAUCACUGAGGGAUCAAUAAAUUCAGAGGAUGCUCGGUCAGUAGAUCUGGGACUACACUCUGAAAAUGAGGAUGGAGGUUUUUAUACAGAAAACUUUCAUUCUGCUUCCUGGGUUUUCAGAGGAGAUGAUGUCUCUCCAGAUAAUAGUCCUAGAUGUCUCAGCAAAAGGCCUAGACCAGUGGCAAUCCGUGAAAGAACUGUGAAGAUCGCUAAAGGAACUGGCAGUUACCCUUGGGGUUUCAGGAUCCAGUUCUCAAAGCCUAUCCUUGUGACUGAAGUUGACACAAACAGUGCAGCUGAAGAAGCAGGGCUUCAGGUUGGGGAUAUUCUGAUAGCAGUCAAUGGAACUGAUGUCACCAACAUGCCACAUUCAGAAGCUGCUAAUCUGGCAAGGAAAGGUCCUGAUAUCCUGACUAUGACAGUGGGAUCAGAUAUCAGCCGUUACCCUAACACCCCCAGACCUACCUGCCGAGGAUAUUUGCAUAAACGAACCCAGUCAGCAAUACUGAAGGGCUGGAGAAAGAGGUGGUUUGUGCUGAAACAUAAUGGCUACCUGCAGUAUUACAAACACAAGAAG